AUGCCAGUGGUCCCACGGCGGAGCAGCCCGGGGCCCGCGCAGUGCGGGACGGCGCCCCCUGGUGUCCAGGGGACGGCGCUGCUUGGCGGUGACCGCCGCCCCAACAGGCUUCCGGCAGCCCCAGGGGACAUGUCCAGAAUCUUAAGCCAGAUCUUCCAGGGCCCCAGAGCCUACCUGGGCGUGGGUCUCCACCCGCCGUGCCCCCAGCCACCCGGGCCGGGGCUCCGCGUGGCUCACUUCUGCGGCUUCCAGGGCCUCGGCGUCACAGGCUUAGAGCUGGCUCACUGCUCAGGCCUCUGGGGCACCCCAGACUGGACUCCAGCAGAGGAACUUCAGGACACUGAGAGACCCCAAAAGAGGGUUCGGACUAUGUUUAACUUGAAGCAGCUGGAAGAGUUGGAGAACGUGUUUACAAAGCAGCACAAUCUUGUGGGGAAGAAGAGAGCUCAGCUGGCGGCCCAGCUCAACCUUACGGAGAAUCAGGUGAGGGUGUGGUUCCAAAACCGCAGGGUCAAGUAUCAGAAGCAGCAAAGGCUGAAGCUGCCAGCUGCGUCUGCCAUGGCUGCCUCCCAGGAUGAGCCCUCCAGGAGCUCUGAUGACAGCGUUCAGAGAGAAGACACGGAGUCAGGAGUGGACAGCUGAGGACUGGGACAGAGGCUCAACCUAGGCUGUCUGAGCUAGUUCUUCUUGGGGGCACUCACUGGAACUGAGCCUUUUUUCUUCAUCUGUAUAAUGGGUGCACUGACAGCUUCGUCCUCCCAGAGCUGACAGGAUGUCUGUAAAGUUGUUACAGUGUGCUAGGCCCAGGCCUAAGUGUUCAGCAAGUGUUAAGGUUUCUAGGACUCACCUAGAGGUGGGUCCUGGGGGUGUGGUGUUUGCACCAGCACUGGCCUCUCCAGGGAUUAAUCUUUUCCCGGUCUGGCUGUGGAGAAGAGGCCUCCUUGAAUCAGUGUCUGGACCUAGAAGCCUCCUCCCCACCAGAGAUGGUGGAGUUGAGAGCAAAGAGGGGGGAAAGGUAA